AUGGCCACGUUCGGAUUCCAAAGUCAAGCCUCAGUACCUGCAAGCACAGGAGGGUCAGGGCAACAGACUUAUCACAAGGCCAUUGAGUCUUUGCAUUCCCUUCUGUUUCAGUUCUGCAGAAGCAACAAAAUCAAGUCAAACUUUCGAACUCCAAGGCAGGUUUUGUAUUACCUACAAGCCCUCGUGUCCAAUGUGCUGCACUCAAAGAGUCCGAGCUCAGAAGAGGACAGGUCAUUCGAGUACUGGGAAAGGCUGAGAGAUCAUCUCCUUGUUCAGAACGAUGGUUCAGCAGGCCUGCUGGACCGAUUGUUGUCAUGCUUAGAGGCAGUGACAGCGUCUAUUCAAACUAGGGAGAUCAGCGAUGAAGAUGCUUCCAGCUAUGUCCGAAUGUCGAGGGCCAUGUCCGACGAUGUCCUCUUGCUUAACACAACGGGCUUGGGCUGUGACCUGAGGCGAUCGAGGGACAAGAGCUCGCUGCAUGCUGGGAUAGUGCAGAUUGAGUGCCUUCAGGUUCAAACGCAAUUGUUCAUUUUGUUGGCAGGCAUUUCGCGGGCUUCAUGGCGAAUCAGCGAUUGGUUGAACGAUGAACAUUGCCCGAAAAGUGUCAGCAAGUCAAAAAACAUGGAGCACUGGCACGAAGAACUCGGCUACUUCCCUUUCAUGUACAAGAAAUUCUUCGCGAUCUCCUCUGCAUCGGCAGGAACUUCACAGAAUGGUUUGUUGUCAAAGAUUUAUCUGCAAUCGCUCUGCACUUUCGGUGAAGAGGACCCAAUCCUUCUUGAUAGUCUCAGGUCGAAGCUUUACGAUUCUAUCAAAUUUUCUUUACUGUGCACAUUGGAUAUUCGAUUUUCCUCUGCCGUGGGUCAAAGCUUUGACUUACCAGCACUUGGGAUAAAGGGAGCUGAGUCGAAGUGGUGCGGGAAGAGUUCUCCGCUUCCAGCUGAAGUCCUGAUUUCCUUCUUCUUGUGUCACUGCUUGAAUAUCGUCGAGUUUGUCAGCGCGACAGACUCGAUUUCAGAUAGAAAUUCGCCGACCUUUCAAUGUUCACAAACAUGUGCAAUGGCCGUCGAGUCCUUGGUUCGCAAGGGAUUUGAUCCAUCGGGUGGAAACUGGAAGGUUGAAAACUGUAAAGUUGGCAAUGACUGCUGCUUGACUGGUGACAUCUUCUCAAAUGAUCCUCAAAUGUCUGAUAUCCUGGAGCUGUACACCAAAUUCAUGAUGCAAGGCUUUGAGUGCAUCUCCUCUACAGUCGAAACAACCUGGCUGCUUGCUGGGAACGAGAAGUUCUCGGACAGUGUUGAUGACAAGUCAUGGGAGAGUGAUUGGGAGGAAUCGUACAACAAGUUUUACAGGGAAUCAUUGAUUGAAGCCAUUCCUGCCAUAUUUAACGGCAUCAAAUACCUGAAGGCCCGCUGCUCGUCUUUCUAUGAUCGCUUCCUUGGCGAACCUCAAAGCUCGCCACAGGUAAAGGAUCUCAUCCUGGGAGCUGUCGACGAGGCUCUGUGCUCCGUGCUCGGCGGAUGGAACGAAUAUCUGCUAAGCGAAUAUCUUGGAAGUUCGUUGGAUGCACUUGGAGGAGAAACUAACAAGAUAUCGACGUCGGCCCGGUGGCGAAGCUUGCUGCUCAUCAUUCAAGAAGCUUCCGCAUGUCAAGACAGCCGUUUCAGAAAAGAGAACAACUUCUCCAACCCCGCCGGAUUCCUCGGGUAUCAUGCAGACGCCCCGCAGUAUGUGACCACCCUCAACAUGGCUUUCGCUCUUCAUCGGUGGAUAGCCGGCGUUGACGGUAUCCCCCUCCCCACACAUCGCAGCGACUUCCUCAACGAGGUCCUCCUCACUUCGAUCGAACAGUUCUGUAACCGUUGCGAAAGCAUCGAUACUCAGCUGCAAAACCUCUCUUUUCACCCAUCCAGCAGGGUUGCAGCACCCAGAUUUCUCGUCGAGAUAUCAAGAAGGCUGGCCUUCUGCUGGGAGUACGUCGAGAGCUGCGUCGUCAUACGGGAGAUCGAGAUCAACCUCUCCAAUCGUCUCUCACGGACUCUCAGUGCCGUCUCGUACGUGUCUGCCCAGCAACUCCUCAUCUCCAAAGAUUUGAUCAGCUCACAAGAGGAGCUGGCCCGACAGGGUUGGCGCGACGUCCUUGUCAACACCCUCAAGUCGAUAGGAUGGUACGUGCACCAUGCCGAGCUCUCGGGGUCGCACGAUGAAGCCGUUGCGCUGCUAGAGGACAUCGGGGGAUGGAGUGGUUCAGGUCAGGAGCUGUACGAAAGGCAGCAGCAAUGGAGCUCUUCUCAGCGUAGCGACAGCCAGGGAGGGUUUCAACGACUGCUUGCUCAGAUCCUGCACUGGGAGCUUGAGAACCGAAUGGUGGUAAACAGAAGCCCGAUCUCCUUCGCAGUGGCUGCGUUGACAGAGAGAGUCUACUGGGCUAGCAAGAUGUAUUUCUCGGGGACGGGCCUUAGGAACCAGGAGCUUGAGAACGCAGGGGGAGACACGAGCGUGCUUGAGGUGGCCAUGACUGAGGGUUUGACGACGAAUGCUUGUGUGGUGUUGGCAAAAAUCGAAGAUACUUGGUCUCGCCCGGAGAGGCAGGAGAGAUGUGAAUGGACUAUCAGAUCUGACGACUCGCAGUCGACCUGGGGUUGGUUUACCCCCUACCCUGUGUGUGCGAAGCAGGGGUCAGUUGCCUAUCACAGUGUAUUGCCGUUGGUUCGCCUUUGUGUUGAGAUCAUUCUCCCAAAUGUCAGUCGUUUGUACGGUGUGAGCACGCUAGAAGAAGCCCUCGAGCGAAACUUUACCUCUUAUGAAGAGCAGUCUUUCAUGAUUUUCAACUACCACAGGAGCAAGGACACGCUGCCUUGGGUCGCCCGUAUCCUCAAGGUCAUUCACGCCAUCUUCGGGAUUCAAGACCGACCGGAUCUUCACAUCUCGGUGUUUCGGUGGCUUGAGAGGGACUCAGGCCCUUGUACCAACUUGCUGAAACUUGUCGACUCGCUCUACAACCCGGCCGGCACAGCCUGGAAGACCUACAACCGGGGUCUAGACGCAGUCGCAUGCUCCAUCCUGUCCAUCUUAGAGCGUAUCAUCCUGUGCCGCUCGGACCAGCAGGUGUCUUGCAACGAUCGGAAUGUGGAGUUUGCCUGCCUGUACCUUGCGGCUCCUAUGGUUCAGUCAAUGCUCCACUCCUCUCCUCCCAUUGGCCUCCCUACGCUCUUGCAGUCUCAGCACCUAUCGCCCAAGUUGCCACAGGCUGCCUCGCGAGUUCUCUCGCUGGUCUGUAGGCUCGACCUGCGGCCUCACACGAUCAGGCAAAGUUGGGAGAAGAGAGAAGAAGAGCACAAGCAGGCCCUGGAGAACGAUGCCGUCGCUCACGGAGUUGAGACGGGGAAAGUCGGGCAGGUCACAGACGACUCGCUGACGUUGCAGUCGGAUGCCAACGACGCUGACUGCUUCUACAAUGGCUGGACCAUUGAAAUCGUCAACGGCAAGGGAAAGAUGCAGAGUGCCCGACGGAUUGCGACGUAUGAUGGAAAGUCACGUAAGGCAACCUUGUCAAAACCGUGGAAGCAGGACGUCGAAAAACCUGAUGGGACUAGUCAGUAUCGGCUGACGCCUCCUAAGAAUGCGCACACCAGGCGGGAGCUCAUUGACAUUGCGACCUGCCAUGACGAGCCCGUCGACACGAGGGUCUCGAUCCUCGCCGAGUCCUUGAAGCCAGCCAACGAGCUCUCGUCGCUUGCGGGAUGCGUCAAGGACGUGAGCGAGAGGUCAAUCACGCUAGACGAGACUGCAAAACAGGUCGAUGGUUAUUACAACGGCUGGAUCGUCGAGAUUCGCAGCGGAAAGGGCUACAUGCAGCCUCCCCUUGUCAUCAACGCCUAUGAGGGCCUGACGCGCAAGGCGACACUCAGCAGGUCCUGGGACUCGAAGGUUGAGAUGCCUGACACUUCCAGCCACUACCUGCUGUCCAAGCAGCUUCAGCUGAGGCGGAUCAUCAAGGCAUUUCUGCAUCCCGACAUCGCGUUCUCGGGGGGGUCUGCGAUCAGCGAGCAGGAACUGAACAGACUCAAAGUCCUCGAGCACAGCCUCAUGCUGAUCCAGACCAUCUGGACAUGUGCGCCUGAGGAGCGAGCUGGGAUAGUGCAGGGCUUCUCUGAUCCAGAUUGCCUGAUCUGGGGGCUGAGCUCGCCCUAUCACACGGAGAUUUACAACAAGACAGGGCAGAGGAGGAGCUACAAGGUGAGGCUGCACGUGAAGGAUGGCUCCAGGCGUUGCUACCAGGUGUUUGCCGCCCCCGAGGAUCCUUUCAUUCAAGAGGUAAGAUCCGGCUCCAAGCUCAAUGGCACCCCCGACGAACAGGCCAAGAAGAUCACUCUAUCCCCGCAGAGCAGCGACAAGGUGCUCGGAUCCUUGAAGGGGGAUGAGAAGUCGCAGCGGGAGCAGGAGGCGAGCUUCUGGGAGACGCUCGUGAGGCUCAUCCAGGGCGGCAACGACUCCCUGCUGACCGAACUCAAGGUUGACUACGUGGACGAUCGGACGGAGGGGCAGGUGGUGAGGGUGAAGAUGCCCAAAGCUCUGAAGCGAGCUCCUCUUCCCAUCUUAGACUGUUCCUCCAAGGAAGGCAACCCUCUUAUCGAGUUCCUCACUGACGCGUCUGUGCUAACGACGAUUCUUCGAGAAGAGGCAUGCGUACAUGGAGACACUGCCCGACAGAUGUUCUCUAGCCUCCGAUACUUCCUUGAUCCCGACGUGGGCACUGACAACGUCGACCGCAUCCGGCUGGAGCUGCGGGUGGUGGACGUCUGCAUCCAAGAGAUCGAAGGGAAGGGAUACGACAUGAGCGAGUGCAUCGACAGCGCUCUGUCCAGCAUGUGGAACAGGCUCAAGUUCAAACUGGAGUUCGUGGAUAUGGACGGACACCCUGCGAAGAACAGCGAGGGGAAGAUGAAGAAAUUCUGGAACCCUGUCCCUCUCCCUUACAUCCUCUUCAAGUACCUCUACGAGUCGAUGCUGAGCUCUCUUGCUGGGACCCGAGUAGAGCCCAUCGAGCGCCUGUGGCGGCGACCGGCCGACCUAAUGGAAAGUUCUCUGUGGCAGCCGCUGUGUGUCGCCGAUGCGAUCGAGAGCAUUUGCAGGAGAAGUCACAUCGAAGCUCUCGCCGUCUCAAUCUGCGCGAUGCAUGUGGAGGAUCACCAUGUCGACUCUUCCUUCGCCAAGUCAGCCGACGAGGAGAGGAAGAAGCUGGUGCAGACGAUCGCAAGGAGAGCGGUCUUCGAGCUGUCUAACAUCUCCUCCUACCACAACCCGCCCCAGAGCCUGGAGAUCAUGGCCGAAAACCCCAGGAGGAGUCAGUUCGACUACGACGCUUGCUCGCUCAAGAACGAAGUUCUGCUCCACGGCAUGCAGCGAGUCUCGAUGAACCUCCGGGGCAGCCGAGAGAGCCUGACGCACAGCGACAGGGUCGAGCAGAAACUUCAAGCCAUGUUCGACUUCUCAGAAGACUGGUACUUCGACACCAAACACGCCCGUGACGUCUCUAGUGGGCAGCUGGAGAAGGUUGCCUGCGGGUUGAACCAAGACCAGGCUGUGCAUGACCUCAAGUGUCUUUUGACCAUCUCCUAUUGCAAGUUCCUGCAGGCCGCUGCCUGCCGCUGCCCGAGCGACCUUCUCCACACUCUCAACGAUCACGACGGGCUGAUGCUGACUCGCCUCCUCUCAGCGCUCUGCAACCGCCUGGUCAUGCUGAACCACAUGAGAGGUCUGAGCGGCGACCUCGAGGUGAAGACGGAGAUUGGCAGGACAUUGUCAGUCAUCAUCCACUGCGGGUGGCCGCUGCACCCUCAGAAGAACAUGGUGAAGGCAGCUAGUCACCUGCCAGCAGUCAACCUGCUGUCCAAGGUGACCGACGCUCUCUGGAUGGAGUGCAAGGGGAAGGCGGAAUUUGUUGGGACGGUAGCAGAGCAGAUCGAGAGCAACGAGCAGAGGUCGCUCCUUUACGACGUGCUGGUCGACGCCAGCCUGCGGCUCCUCAUCCACGUCCAGGACAUGAUCACUCUUGACUCGGUCACGCUCGCCACGUCCAACGAUGACAAGUCAAGGAAGUCCGACGAGGAGACUGCGGGUGAAGUGGCGCUGCUUUACGACCUCGUCCUGGUCCGCCUGAGCUCCAUCGUGUGCGAGAAGCUUCAGAGUGGCGACUUGUCGGGCCCUGUGGCUCGCAAGUCCUGCACGCUCCUCGCUGUCAUUAUCCGCCUGUGCAAAUGGUCAGACCCUGUUCACUGGCAGUCCAUGCUUGGUCAGGCCUUUUGGACGCAGACCCCCGGGCUCUUUUCCUGGAUCUCAGGAGUUUCGCUGCAGGGCAGCAGCGGCGGUCGCAUGGCCAUGGAAGGAUCCGACCUGAUGUCCAGCAAGGACGCAGCUCUAGACGCGCUCGCAGCCCUCGAGGUUAUCACUGAAGUCGCGCAGAACCUGCAGGGGGCCCAGCUGCUGGCCAAAUUCUCCUUCAUGCUCGCCCUCCGCGAGUCUCCGCUGCACACCAAGAUCGUCCGGUGGGACGCGGAGCAGCUUCGGUUCUACGUGGGCAGCGGAAACUCGCGGGGAAGGAACAUCUGGCAUCAGGUCUGGUGCCAGUCGCUUCAAGCUGUGCUGCUGCUGAGCCUUAAGCUGAAAACCCGCGAAGACUUUCUGCACGAGCUGAUCGCGUUUGUCGUCAACUACCAGGAGCGACUCACACGCGUCCUAACGCUCGCGCUUGACCUCCGGCGAGACGUGAGGGCUCACAGGGAGAGCAGGAGCAGCGGGAACGACGCGGCGGCCAUGAACGGCGGUGGGAUCCUGCACGGGACGUCUACGAUGCAGCAGGAGAUGCAGGACGUGGAGGUCGGCAAACUUCCUUCCCUCGCCCUCCUUGAGGAAGCGAAGCUGUGGACCGCGAUCCUCCUGCGACUGGCCAGCAAGUGUACCUUGUGGUCGUCACAAGUGCCGAAGCUGACGCAGCUGCUGCUCGAGCUGAUCCCGGAGGUGGUCGCCAACCUCUCCGACUGCCUCAAGCUCUGGCGAGACGACACGAGCAAGUUUAAUCAGCGGUUCCGCCCCGUCUCCCACGAGGAGCAGGCGCAAGCGCGCAUGGAGACGAACAAGAGCCGAGACGGGCAGGUGUGGGAGGAGCCGAGCUUGCAGUCAAAGACCGUCCUCGACGAGCAGAUCCGCGACACCGUCCUCCUCCUCCAGUUCCUUCACACGGGGAAGAAAGAAGAGACCGAGAUCCCGAGGCAGCAGGCGCUGCUCAAGUACUCAAGGCAGCGAUGCCUAUUCGAUCAGAAGCUGGUAGACACUCUCUUUCUCCUCAUUCACAACUGCCUGCGCAUCAUGUGCUGCUUUGGCGACAAGAUCAGCCCCUUCGUCGACAGGACCGCGCAGAGGUUUCGCUCCAAGGAGGGGGACGUGAACUGUUACAGCUCCUCCUCCUCCUUCGCCGCCGUCUCCUCCUCCUCGUCUCCCCUGCGAUGCUCCCUGGGAACUCUGACGCUGGCGACCGAGUGCUCUGUUUCUUUCCUUCAGUUCAUCAUUCAGCUGGAGUCCCAGUGUGAAGUCCACGGGCCGAAGAUGAAGGAGGAGGGCGGAGAGUUUCAUGCUCAGUUCUUCGCGCUCGAGCACAGGAGGAAGAUGCUGAUGCGGACUUGCGAGUGCUGCGCCAUCCUGCUCGGGAAGCUCACGGCUGAUAGCGACAUACGGGAUUCAUGCUUCGACCUCUACACCCUCAAGGGGAUGAUGAUCCCGCAGGACAUGCCGGGGGAGCUCACGGUGACGGUGAUGAGCAGGAGAGGGGAUGCGGGCGCGAGGACUCUGCGGGUGAACAUUCCCAAGCACGUGGAGGGGAGCGUGAAGAGAACGAUUGUCUACAUGCGGACGGCGAUGAGGGCGAUCUUCGACUAUUUGUGA